AUGGAAAAGCUUAAGAAGAAGAGAACGGCGUGUAGGGGCUGGGUGACAAGAACCUCACAAGCUCUCUCAGAGGUGCUAGCUCAGCCCACUCAUACCCUUAGUGAAAUGGAGUACGCCAUUCAAGAGUUUGACAAAAGACUAACCAAGUUAGAUGAAGUACAAAAAGAACUUGAAGGUGAAGUCGAAGCUGAAGAACUGGGCCAAGAAUUAGAUGAAGCUCACGCCUUCAGACAAGAAAGUAUGAAACCUAGACUUCUAGCUGAGGACAAGAUAAGAAAGUUAGCAGCAGCAGCACCAGGUGGGUCUCCAGUUCCAAGUAGUGUAAGUGGAUCUCAAGACUCAGAAGCUGUGAAUGUGAAGUUACCCAAAUUGGAGCUGCCAAAGUUCAGCGGUGAAAUCACACAAUGGCAGUCCUUUUGGGACCAGUUCAACUCCCACAUUAAUGCUACUAACCUUCCAGUAAUUAGUAAGUUUACCUAUUUGUUGUCUUUACUGGAGGGGGAUGCCAAGAGUGUGGUCGAGGGGUUGCCACAUACCAGUGAGAAUUAUCAAGUUGCCUGUGACUUACUGAAAGACCGCUAUGGGAAGCCAGAAAGAAUUAUUUUUGCACACGUCCAGGCCCUGCUUUGUGGUCAUGUCAACCUUAAUUAA